UGUGAUACCUAUACGCCAAAUUUGUGCUCCGCUAGAGCACCGGCGAGACAACUCAGCUGUGACAGGCUUUUAAGGUUGACGUUACGUUAAAUGCGUAUACAUGCACGUUUAUACUGCAGUGGCGUUUACGUUAAAAUAGUUCAGUCGUGACAUGUACUCGAGAGUACUUAACAACAUUAGGUUAUGAGCGAGUUGGAAGUUGUAUGUUUAGCAGUGACGUUAUGGACUAGUUAAAUCAUACUACGGUAUGGAUAAAUCCAAUUGUGAGAAGGGAAAUUAUACGAUUUAAUCGUACAGAUUUCUGUAAAUAACGUGACCAAAUAAAAUGCGUGUUUGUGUGUGAAUAUAAGGGAAACACAUUAUUGUUAGACUUUUAUCAUGGCUGUAUGAUUUAAUGAUUCAUGAGGGAUUUUAUGUGACAGUUGCAUCAGGUUUAAUAUUUUGUCAAACAAUUACCUCCACAGAUCGUUGCAAUAUUUAGUGAUUCAUGUGUGAAUAUGUCAGAAAUGCAUUAUUUUACAACUUUCAUUGAACCAUUACGUUCACAGUUGUAAGUUGUAUUGAGUGAUGCGUGUGUUUUAUCAGGGCCUGUAAGUGAGGAGCGGGCUCAUAACUAUAUUUAUGCUAAAAGUUUAUUCGAUAAACGGAGAAAAAGUAAAACAAUACUUUUUUACAUCCAAGAUGGCGGCUUUUUGUUUACAAUUCCAAUGUUACGGUGAAGUUCGUUUAUCCGCCCUUUAUUAUUGUAUUACGUGAUAAAUUUUCAUAACUUCGUUAGUUGGAUGGAGAAACUUACGAAAAAACAACAUUAACAACAACAACGAAAGUGAUGUUAAAGGGAAGUGCGUAUUAGAGCACAGUAAUUAGUGAAUGUUUUCGGUGCAUUAAUCGCCGGUGUAAAAAAAGCUUUGGUGAGUUUGAAUAAACAGGGAGGUGAUAAAGGCGGGAAAUGACUGAUCACAUGGCAAACUUGCGUCAUAUGACGUCACACGUACGUACGUUGUUCGUGAUUGUGUUCGCCGUUGCCGUGACGAUGCUGUUGCUAACAAGAAGCGUUACUCAACACUUCUCCGGUCUUGAGGUGCGGGGAAUGGCUCGAGAAAGAGUUGCGAGCCGUAUACAUCAUGUCAAUAACACUGGAAUCGUUCAGACUAAUACCUCAGGAAAUCAGACGAACAUUUACAAUGAUGUCAUGAAAAUACGUCUGCUCUGUGUAAUUCUAACCAUGCCGAAAGAUCUCCACACAAAAGUUGCAACUGUAAACAAAACUUGGGCAACGCGCUGUGACCGACAUUUUUACGUCAUCAAUUCCCGUAUAAAACGUCACGACUUUUUAAACAUAAACAAUAUACCAGAAAGCAGAAACAAUUUGGUGCAUAAAAUUCAAGAAGUGUAUAAAAGAGUUUACGAACGAUACAUGAACGAUUUUGAUUAUAUUUUAAAAGCAGACGAUGAUACUUACGUCAUUGUGGAGAACUUAAAAUAUUUAUUAUGGCAUCAUGAUGCUCAAAAGGCCGGUUACCUAGGAUUUCAUUUUAAUAAGUUCGUAAAAUCUGGUUACAUGAGUGGAGGUGCGGGCUACGUCAUCAGUAAUCGUGGUCUUCGUCAGAUGGUGGAAGAGGGGUUUAAUAAAGGACUGUGUAAAAUCGUAAAACGGGAGGAGGAUCAGGAAAACUCAGAAGAUAUUGAAACUGGGAGAUGUUUAGAGGCAGCUGGUGUCCCUGUGUGGAGCUCCCUGGACGCAGAAGGCCGAGAAACAUUCCAUCCAUACACAUUGGAGCGCCACCUAGCCGGGGACCUUCCGGGAUACCUGUACAGCUGGGCAAAGCAUCCUAUUCAGAAAGGAAAAGAGUGCUGCUCAAGAUACACAAUCAGUUUCCACUAUGUCCCACCAGAUGCCAUGAUAUAUCUCGACCACGUGUUGUACCAAAUGACUGUUUUUGGUGUCCAUGGCAACCAAGACUUCCCUGUGUCCGUGUUCAGUGAAGGGCAUAUUACGUGACCAUAAUAUUAAAUCUUAAACCAGUUAAUCUAUUCACAUAACGCGAUAACUUGGGCGCCGACCACCACACAAGCGGGCAUUACGGAACGUGAUUUCAAUGAUUGCAUUUAAUAAUCACAACAAUAUAUCAUUUGAUUCAUUUUCUUGCCCUUGGUAUGAACGUUCUUGUAAAAAAAUCCAUAUUGCAAAUGAAAAGACAUUUUAUUCUAUGUUUUGAACUGAGCUAUAAUCAAACCAUUCCAAUUUGGACAUUCUGUUUUUUAAAUGCUAUCCACGAAAUGUUUUCGUCUGAAUUAUGUUCUUGAUCGAACCCUUUCUUAUUACAGAAAUCGCAAUUAAAGAUACUUCAUAUUUGUUUAUGCAGGAGGUCCAACGUACAUUAUUGUUAAAAAAUCCGCCAUUUUGUUCCGCAUCGAACAUGUCCCUCACUUAAGAUUCCGCAAAAACAGUUAACGUUGGACCCCCUGUUAUGACUCCAGAAGAGUUCACUUAUAUCAGAUAUAAACGCUUUGCCAGAAAAACA